AUGAAACAACCGUCGGAAAAAUUGAAGUCCCUAUUGGAAGAUAGUAGAGAACCGCGAGUUUCGUCCUGUUAUCCGGAUCUUUUGAUGGUAUGCGUUUGCUUCUUUCCUUCAGAAAAAAUGAACAAUAUUCCUGAUAACCAGGGUGAUGAGUCGGCCUAUCAAGAUGCCGGCUAUUAUGGCACCAUCGACAGUUCACUAGCUGACACUGAUGCGGAUUAUUCGGCCGCAGACAUUGAACAGAGGUCGCCUCUUCGCGAACAAGAUCGUUUCUUGCCGAUUGCAAAUGUUUCCAAAAUAAUGAAAAGGGCAAUUCCUUCGAAUGGGAAGGUAGCUAAGGAUGCGAAGGAGUGUGUUCAGGAGUGUGUAUCAGAAUUCAUUAGCUUCAUUACGAGCGAAGCUGCUGAGCGCUGCCAGAAUGAGAAGCGAAAAACCAUCAACGGGGAGGAUCUCCUUUGGGCCAUGAAUGCUUUGGGCUUCGAGAACUAUGUCGAACCAUUGAAGACUUUCCUGGUGAAAUAUCGGGACGCCAUCAAGAUCGACUCAAGUAUUAUUAACUCCUCGGCUGAACUGGCAGCCACUCUACAACAGCAGCAGCAACAACAGCACCCUCACCACACCGGUACAGUGAUAGUCACAGCGUCGCCCAACCUGCUCAACACCGCAGCUGCGAUGACCCAACGCCAAGUGACCUUGAACGGCGCCUCCACAGUGCCAGCCACGACCAUCGAGGUGCAGGGAGCGGCGGGAACCGAGGUGAAGCAAGUUGUUGCGGCAACCCUUGAAGGGGGUGAACUGAAGCCGGGCGCUGCCGCUCCUGCUGGUGCUACAGCCGGUGCCCCCACCCACCUCACCAUGGCCUCCACCGCCACUGGGCAGACCUUCUUAGUCCCCUUCUCUGGUCAGGUGGCCAUUGUCAACGGCAACACUGUCGUCACGUCAGCGACAACCUAG